UAUAGUGCAUACACACUGACCCACCCUUUAGUCACCUCCCUGGUCAGAGUUCUGGCCGCUGGAAGUUUUUCAAGAUAGUACUCCCGGUUAGUUUCCGGGGCCUCAAAACUGUGCGUUUUUACGUGAAAAAAUUAUUUGCGUUUCAAAGCUUGAUUAAUUUACAUCACAAAAAACACGCCUGACAAAAUUCAUACCUCAGUUUUAAUCGGCACUAUUUUCUUUCCAUUUCUAUCAAUCCGCGCUGCUGUCAACGUCAACAGUGCGCACGUUCAGAUCAGCUGUUCCAUAGUGUUUACACAAUCGAAUGACAACGACAUAAAAAGUAGAAAAUGAACAAUGGUGCGAACUUGUAAAUUCCCAGGCUGUGACCACAAGAAUGUGCCGGGAUCACCAUUCAGAUUCCAUCGUUUUCCAGUUUCGGAUAUAGCUACGAGACGGCUUGACUUCAAACCUGUUUGGUAGAUUUGACUCAACUCUACAGCGAUAUGAAGAUUCGUCUUUUCAUUUUUUCAUUAUUAUUGCUACACAUACAUGGUGGUGAUCCAGAUUCAGUGAAGUCAGUCUCAGUGUUUGAAGGAGAUUCUGUCACUCUACAUUCUGGUGAAACACAGAAAGAAGAUCUGAAAGUGUGGACCUUUGGACCUGAUGAAACUAUCAUAGUUAAGAACUCUGAAAUUAAGAUGUCUACAGACAGAUUGCUGGUGGACCAAUCAGUUGGAUCUCUUACCAUCAAGAACAUCACAGCUAAUUUUUCUGGAAUAUAUAAGUUAGAGAGCGUCAAGAAGAACUUAUACAAGACAUUUAAUGUUACCGUCUAUGCUCCUCUGCCCGUUCCUGUCAUUAUCAGGGACUGUUCUUCUUCAUCAUCUUCAUCACAGCAGAAUUGUUCAUUGUUGUGUUCAGCGGUGAAUGUGGGUCAUGUGACUCUCUCCUGGUACAAAGGAAACAGUUUAUUGUCCAGCAUCAGUGUGUCUGAUCUCAGCAUCAGUCUCUCUCUACCUCUGGAGGUGGAAUAUCAGGAUAACAACACCUACAGCUGUGUGCUCAACAAUCCCAUCAGCAACCAGACGAGACACCUGGACAUCAGUCAACUCUGUCACACAUGUUCAGGUACAGCAGCGCUGAUAUGUGUGUUUAAUUACUGAGCUGAUCUGUUCAAGUUUAUACUGAUACACUCUCUUUUCAUUAUAGCACCAGGUUUGUCCUCAUUUAAUAUCACGCUGGUUUGCG